AUGUCGAAAGACUUAAAUUCUUCACGCAUCAGAAUCAUUAAGCCCAACGAUUCUCACAUAAAGACUGAACAAAGAAAAGAUUUAACAAAAUACGCUCUAGAAAAUGGCAAAAUUAUUUCCACGAAGGAACGUCCCAUCGCUUCUGUACCUCCCAUAACGGGGAGGAUUCCAAGUGAUGAGGAAGUAUUCGACUCCAAAACAGGAUUACCUAAUCAUGCCUUUUUAAAAGAGCAUUUCUUUCAUGAAGGUCGACUUUCUAAGGAGCAGGCCAUUAAAAUCUUAGAUAUGUCAACUGCAUCGCUGAGUAAAGAACCAAAUCUACUACAACUCAAAGCACCGAUUACUAUUUGCGGCGAUAUUCAUGGCCAGUAUUACGAUCUGUUGAAGCUGUUUGAGGUAGGUGGUGAUCCUGGUAAAAUGGACUAUUUAUUCUUGGGGGAUUAUGUCGAUAGAGGCGCAUUCUCUUUUGAGUGUUUAAUUUAUCUAUACUCACUGAAGUUAAGUAAUCUAGGAAGAUUUUGGAUGCUAAGAGGUAACCAUGAGUGUAGGCAUUUGACAUCUUAUUUUACUUUCAAAAAUGAAAUGUUGCAUAAAUACGACAUGGAAGUUUAUGAUGCCUGCUGCAGAUCAUUCAAUGCAUUGCCAUUAGCAGCUUUAAUGAACGGGCAGUAUUUUUGUGUGCAUGGUGGAAUCUCUCCAGAACUAAAAUCGGUAGAGGAUGUUAAUAAGGUUAAUAGAUUUCGAGAAAUACCCUCUCGUGGUCUCAUGUGUGACUUAUUAUGGGCCGAUCCUAUCGAAGAAUACGACAGUGCAAGAGAUGGUAGCGAAUUUGAUCCGAGCGAAGACGAAUUCGUCCCUAACAGUUUGAGGGGUUGCUCUUUUGCUUUCACUUUUAAGGCAUCAUGCAAGUUCUUAAAAGCGAAUGGUCUAUUAUCAAUUAUCAGAGCACAUGAAGCACAAGAUGCAGGGUACAGGAUGUAUAAGAACAAUAAAGUAACGGGAUUUCCAAGUUUAAUAACCAUGUUUAGUGCUCCAAACUAUCUGGAUACCUACCAUAACAAAGCUGCGGUGUUAAAAUACGAAGAUAACGUUAUGAAUAUCAGACAGUUCCACAUGUCUCCGCACCCUUAUUGGUUACCUGAUUUCAUGGAUGUUUUCACCUGGUCGUUACCUUUUGUUGGCGAAAAGGUCACUGGCAUGCUAGUAUCUAUACUAAACAUAUGUAGCGAAGAGGAGCUUGACCCAGAAUCAGAACUACAGGCUGCGGAUAAGAGCAUAAAGGCAAACUCAGAAGCUACAAAGGAAGCCAAUACCUCAUCUAGUGAAAAAACCUCAUCUGCAAUAUUAGAAGACGAAACCCGAAGAAAGGCAUUGAGAAAUAAGAUCUUGGCUAUUGCUAAAGUCUCAAGGAUGUUUUCGGUGCUAAGGGAAGAGAGUGAUAAAGUUGAAUACUUGAAAACAAUGAAUGCUGGUGUCUUACCUCGUGGUGCAUUGGCCCGUGGAACUGAAGGUCUGAAUGAAACACUAAGUACAUUUGAAAAGGCCAGAAAGGAAGACCUUAUCAAUGAAAAACUACCUCCAUCAUUAUCAGAAGCUGAACAAGAAAAGAUUAAGUAUUACGAAAGAAUAUUAAGUAGAGCGGAAAGAAAAUAG